AUGUCUUUCGAAAAGGUUAAACAGAAUUUGGAAUACCUAACAACUCAACAUUUUACUCUAUUAAAAAUGGGUAUCGAUAUUAACAAUCUAAAAAGGGGCAAAUUAUUAAAGGAUUACGGGAAAUUUUUCUUACUAAUAAGUUGUACAAUUUAUUUGGAAUAUGGUUUAAUCAGAUUUGUGGCUCUAAGUGUUUCAAACAUAGAUAAGGCUACAGGGGCCUUAUCUAUGUUUAAUCAAGGUUGUUUAAUAUUAAUUAAAAUAUCGGUAUUCUUGACCAAGGGAGAUAAAUUUAUGAAAUUAAUAUGGGAUAUGAAUCUAUUGGCUAUGAGAGCCAAUCCGGAGGAGUAUAAAAAAUGGCUGUCUGAAAAUCAAAGGUCUCAAUUAAUCGGAAAAAUGUACUUUUAUGCCUGCUGGAUAGCUGUAGGUUGCGCUGGUAUUGUGCCCAUAAUAUUCAUGAUCUAUGACUAUAAACAAAAUGGAGUUUUUAAUGGGAAAUUACCCUUUGGUGGCAAAUUUCCUUUUGAUCAGUUUGGUCAAAUAAUUUUCGCUCUAAACUAUAUUUUAUCCUUGAUUUAUAUUUAUGCUUUGCUCAAUAUGACUGUGGGCAUUGACACUCUCUAUGGAUGGUAUAUAUACAAUAUAUCGGCCCAUUUUCGCAUAUUAAGAUGUAAAGUGGAAAGUGUUGCUUUUAAGCUUAAAAAUAACGAUAAUGAAAACUUUAUCCGAGACAUAGGCUCAAUCGUUAAUUAUCAAAAUAAAACUAUAGAUUUUACUCAAGAUUUGAACAAUAUUUUUGGUGAAAUUUUAUGGGCAGAGGUUAUGUUGAGUUGUUUGCAAAUGUGUUUUGCCAUCUAUACGCUCAAUAAUGAUGACGAUGUCUCUAAUAUGCCCUUUAAUUUUAUGGUUCUAGUUGCGGUCGUAAUGCAAUUAAUGAUCUAUUGUUUUGGUGGUGAGAAAAUUAAGAAUGAGAGUUUAAUGUUAUGUUCGGAUUUUUAUUUGCACUUUCCCUGGCACAAAAUGUCUGCUCAACAGAAGAAAUUAAUGCUGUUACCCCUGAUGCGUGCUCAAACGUUGUCAGUAUUGAGGGGCUUAUUUUUUGAAGUGGAUCGUAAUUUGUUGGUCUAUAUUGUAAAAACAGCAUUUUCAUUCAAUGCAUUACUUUCGGCCAUGAAGGAAUAG